UUGUCGCUCGCCUCUUGCUCUAGGAGCGAAGCGCCAUGAAAGUCGAGUUUGCCCCGCUCAACGUCCCCUGGCGGAGGAGGGCGCAGACGGCCGCCGUGGCUCAGUGGGUGUUCGGCUUCCUGGCUCUAGCACAAUUGUGUUGUGGAAUCUUCGUGAUCUUACUUCUGGGAGAUUACUGGUUCAUCUCAGUUUUUUAUGCCUUAUGGCUCUACAUUGAUUGGGAAACGCCCCAGACUGGAGGGAGAAGAUCCGAGUGGGUCAGAAAGUGGGUUGUGUGGAAGUACUUCAAGGAAUACUUUCCAAUUAAACUUGUAAAAACCUCUGAUUUGGAUCCAAGACAAAACUACCUUUUUGGAUUUCAUCCACAUGGGGUCCUUGUUGCUGGAGCCUUUGGAAACUUUUGCACCGAGUGUACAGGAUUUAAGAAAUUAUUCCCUGGUAUGACUCCAUAUCUCCACACGUUGUCUUUCUGGUUCAGAUGUCCGUUCCUCAGAGAUUAUUUUAUGUGUGCUGGGUUGGUUUCUGCAUCUAAGAAGAGUGUGUCUCAUGUACUAAGCAAUGAAAAAGGAGGAAAUAUUGCUGUGAUUGUAAUUGGAGGGGCAGGAGAGUCUUUGGAAGCGCGUCCUGGAAGCUUAACUCUUAAUAUCCUCAAGAAGAAAGGAUUCAUUAAGAUUGCUUUGAAACAUGGGGCUCAACUUGUUCCAGUGUUUUCCUUUGGUGAAAAUGAACUGUUCAAUCAGAUUGGAAAUCCUAAAGGAUCACGGCUCAGAACAUUGCAGGAGAGUUUGCGAAAGCUGGUGGGGUUUACUUUGCCUCUCUUUCAUGCUAGAGGAAUUUUUCAGUAUAGCUUUGGCUUGAUGCCUUACAGGAAACCCAUUAACACUGUUGUUGGGGAGCCUGUCACUGUGAAACAGAAUCUGAACCCCACCAAUGAAGAGAUUGAUCAACUGCAUGAAAAGUAUCUACAAGCGUUAAAGAAGCUAUUUGACAAAAACAAAGAAAAGUAUGGAAUACCAGAGCAUGAGACUCUUACUUUUUACUAAAUGCAAGUACAGGAAGAAUCUGGAGCAAGAUAACUGCUUGAUGACUAAGGGAAUCCCUUUCUCCCUCCCUCCUUCCCUUUCCAGUGUACAAGAAUGACUCUCUUCUUGUGUACUGCAUUCAAUGUUUAUUAGGAAAAGGUGUAGUAGAUUCUACAAUGAUACUUAAAAUGCAGUUCCUUUUCGUAUGAAAUUGAUUUUAUGAACUUGUAUAUGCUCAGCUCAGUAGGAAAAGAGGAAGACCUUAAAUGAAAUGGCUUGACUCAAUAAAGGAAGCAACACCAGUCUGCAAGGUCUGAGAAAGUCUGUUAAUGAUAGUAUGUUUUGGAGAUCUUUCAUUCAUAGGAUCUCCAUUAGAGUUACCAGGCCCCCCAGGCUCCAAACCGAGAGGUAGGGGCUGUCUUGGGCGGGUGUGCUUGGGGGAGGGGGUACUCACCAUGUGCACCCAUGAAGCCCAUGUGUGCUCUGGAGCCUUUGUUGUCACUCCAGGAAUUCCAUCCAGAGCUCCAGAUCCCGUUUCCUGAACCUUCCCCCCUGCCCCCGGCCGAUCAGGUGAGAAGCAGCAGGGGGCUGAGACUGGGAGCAGGGAAUCUCCCACUCUUACCAGGGGACUGGGAACCCUAGUCACCAUAAAUCAGAAGCAACUUGAUGACACAUAGCACACACGUGCCCGUGACUGGGAAUUCUUCCCUCCCUCCUUCAGUCUCUGAAUGGAUGUAGUUCUGCUGAGAACUACUGCAAGCUUAGAAACAGCCUGGGAAAUUUUAUUACCACACUUUCCAUUUUGAGUUCAAAAAAGUCAGCGCUGAUAAUGAAUGAAAAAAUCGUCUAGAAAAUGUCUUUUUUUUUAGUUGAUUCAUCAAAUGAUCCCAUUUCACAAAGUUGGAUCCCAUAACAUUGUUCUGUUAAAAUGGAGCAAAUAACCCACCAGGCCAGGAAAAUAGCUUGGAGGGAGGGAAAGGCAGGACCUUCCUCCCCCAACUCUACGGUCCUGGGCUGAAUUGGGCCCCUGCCAUCUGACUUGUUAGAAAUCAUAGCACAUAGUUUAACCCUUAGACGAAUUUUCUUUGAACACUGGGAAGCGGGGGUCAUUAGAUCCAGUCUGGAAGAAAGAAGUGACUGUAUUCAACCCAAUGCCUUUGGUCAUGUUCUUCCAUCUUGCAUGAACACUGUGGGUCCAAAUGGGAUUAUGCACAAAAGCAUAGCUAUGCACUUGCAUACUUCCCAUCCAGAGCAGGGUAUUUGUACAGGAGAAGCUUCCAGAAGACUGUGCCUUUUGUUCCAUUUCCUUAAACCUGAGAAAUAUAUUGUGAUAAUUUGUGCCAGCUAACUGGAUUUUUUGUUUAUCAGAAAUCUUUUUUUCCCCUGAAACAUUUAAUGAAGUAUUUUGAGUGUUUGUGCAUAGUUGAGUGUAUUGGUAUAGACUUGAACUUAACCAUGCAAUAUAAAUAUGUGAAAUAAGCCAAAUGACAUUCUGUUUAAAUUAUUUAAUAAUCCACUGAGAUCCAAGCUACAAGUGACGCCUGAUACAGG